AUGUCUGACGACGAUUUCAUGCAAGCCUCUGAUGAGGACUACGACUUCGACUACGAAGACGAGGAGGAGGAGGACAGCGGUGAUGUCGACAUCGAGAACAAAUACUACAAUGCGAAACAGACCAAGACGAGCGAUCCCGAAGAGGCCAUCACGGAGUUUCUCAGUAUUCCAUCGCUAGAACCAGAGAAGGGAGAAUGGGGUUUCAAAGGCCUCAAGCAAGCCAUCAAGCUGGAGUUUAAGCUCGGCCGGUAUCAACAGGUGAGUGCAUCAAACUACUCAGAGAAGUCGAUCGACAAUAUGCUCAACUAUGUCGAGAAAGGAGCCGACAACCCGGCAGCGGUCAAGUUCAUCGAGCAAUUCUACUCCGAAACCCUCAAAUGCUUCCAGAACACCAACAACGAGCGUCUAUGGCUCAAGACCAACAUCAAGCUCGCCAGGCUACUGCUCGAUCGAAAGGACUACCACGCCAUGACCCGGAAGAUCAAGGAGCUUCACAAGGCUUGCCAGAAGGAGGACGGAACUGACGACCCCAGCAAAGGCACAUAUUCUCUCGAGAUCUACGCCCUGGAGAUUCAGAUGUACUCGGCGAUGCGCAACAACAACCAGCUCAAGAUUCUCUACAACAAGGCGCUGAAAGUCAAGUCGGCAGUACCUCAUCCCAAGAUUCAGGGCAUCAUCCGCGAGUGCGGCGGCAAAAUGCACAUGAGCGAGGAGAACUGGAAAGAGGCCCAGAGCGACUUUUUCGAAGCUUUCCGCAACUACGACGAGGCCGGCGAUCUUAGGCGGAUCCAGGUGCUCAAAUACUUGCUGUUGACAACCAUGCUCAUGAAGUCGGACAUCAACCCCUUUGACAGUCAGGAGACCAAGCCGUACAAGAACGACCCUCGCAUCGCCGCCAUGACGGACCUGGUGGAUGCAUAUCAACGGGAUGACAUUUACAAGUACGAGGACGUGCUCCAGAAGAAUACGGACCUGCUUGCGGACCCUUUUAUUGCUGAGAACAUCGACGAGGUUACGCGUAACAUGCGGACCAAGGGCGUUCUUAAGCUUAUUGCCCCGUACACUCGCAUGCGGUUGAGCUGGAUCGCCAAGCAGCUGCAGAUUGGAGAAGAGGAGGUCCAGGAUAUUGUCAGCUACCUUAUUGUUGACGGCAGGGUACAGGGCCGGAUUGAUGAGCACGCUGGCACGUUUGAGAUUGAGUCCAAGGGCGACGCUGAUCGCAUUCAGGCGAUUGAGACUCUGGCGAGCGCGGUGGGGGAUUUGUACACGUCUGUGUUCAAGGACUCGGAGGGGUUCAAGAUUAUGCAGUCGUAUGACAAUAUCAUGAUGGAUAUGCAUUCUGGUGACGAUCGGAUGAUGAGGCCGUCGGUUCCGGGGUAUAGGAGGGACGGGAGGAGUAGGGGUGGGGUGAUGAUUCAUUAG